GCCUCGCUCCCCAGUUCUCUCUUGAGCUGCGUCUCUCCCACACAUCCUUCCACUCUCCUCUGCAGAUUUAUCUGUAUCCCACCUCCUGUUCUCAGGGGCUGCGCAGCUUCGCUUUUCUCUCACUGGAUGGGGAUGUUUGGUCCUUAAAAUUUCACUUUGCCUAAGGGCCAUCGCAAGAAUAGCCCCGCACUCUCAGUCUCAUCCCCCCACCCCACCCCCCAAAAUUAUCAGGUACCUCUCUCUCAGUUUGCUUCCCUUUCUUGGGGGGUCUCUGGCUCUCUUCUUCAUGCAAAUGUUUUUUUACUUGGUUCUAUGCCACUAGGAACUGCUGGUUUUUUUCAAAGUUUCACCACUCUGCAGCUUACCACUUUACCUUGAUUUGGAAGAUCAUGGAGUAUCUGUUUGAAGCCUGGAUGCAUUUUUCUCACAGUCAUUUAGCUUCCUGAAAUUUCCUCUGGGGGGUUUCUUUUGCCUGCACUUUAGAUGUGUAUGUAUGUCAUCAUGCAAUUAAGCAGGUUGAGGGAAAGCUAAGAGAAUGAAGGCUCGAAAUCCCCAGUGGAAGCAUGAUAUGGCGGAGCAGAGCUGGUGCUGAAUUGUUCUCUCUGAUGGCUCUAUGGGAGUGCAUAGCCCUGAGUCUUCAUUGCUGGCUUUUAGCAGUUGCUGCUGUUUCGGAUCAGCAUGCCACAAGCCCCUUCGACUGGCUCCUUUCUGAUAAGGGACCCUUCCAUCGCUCGCAGGAAUACACAGAUUUUGUGGACAGAAGCCGGCAGGGAUUUAGCACCAGAUACAAGAUAUACAGGGAGUUUGGCCGCUGGAAAGUAAAUAACCUUGCAGUUGAGAGAAGAAAUUUUCUUGGCUCCCCUCUGCCUCUUGCCCCUGAAUUCUUCCGCAACAUAAGACUUUUGGGACGUCGACCUACCCUUCAACAAAUCACAGAAAAUCUUAUCAAGAAAUAUGGGACACAUUUCUUGCUGUCUGCUACUCUGGGAGGAGAGGAGUCACUCACAAUUUUUGUGGACAAGCGGAAGUUGAGCAAACGAUCUGAAGGAAGUGACCCCAGCACCAAUAGUUCUUCUGUCACACUGGAGACACUGCAUCAACUAGCUGCUUCUUACUUCAUUGACAGGGAUAGCACCCUUCGAAGACUUCACCACAUUCAAAUCGCAUCCACUGCCAUAAAGGUAACAGAAACACGGACGGGUCCUCUUGGCUGCAGUAACUACGACAAUCUAGAUUCUGUCAGUUCUGUUCUGGUUCAGAGUCCUGAGAAUAAGGUUCAGUUACAAGGGCUACAAAUACUUCUUCCAGACUAUCUUCAGGAGCGCUUUGUACAAGCAGCCUUGAGCUACAUCGCUUGCAAUUCAGAGGGAGAGUUUAUCUGCAAGGACAAUGACUGUUGGUGUCAAUGUGGUCCCAGAUUUCCAGAAUGCAACUGCCCCUCCAUGGACAUACAAGCUAUGGAAGAGAAUCUCCUUCGAAUAACAGAAACCUGGAAAGCCUACAACAGUGACUUUGAGGAAUCAGAUGAAUUUAAAUUCUUUAUGAAGAGGCUACCCAUAAAUUAUUUUCUCAACACAUCUACUAUCAUGCAUUUGUGGACAAUGGAUUCUAAUUUUCAGCGCCGCUAUGAACAACUGGAAAACAGCAUGAAGCAACUUUUCUUAAAGGCACAAAAAAUUGUGCACAAGCUCUUUAGCCUUAGCAAGAGGUGUCAGAAACAACCACUCAUCAGCCUGCCAAGACAGAGAACCUCCACCUACUGGCUCUCGCGCAUCCAGUCUAUUCUCUACUGCAAUGAGAAUGGGCUCCUGGGCAGCUUCUCCGAAGAGACGCACUCCUGUACCUGCCCCAAUGACCAGGUGGUCUGCACAGCUGCCCUGCCCUGCACCGUGGGCGAUGCCUCAGCCUGCCUCACCUGCGCUCAGGACAACCGCACACGUUGUGGCACCUGUAACACGGGCUAUAUGCUCAGCCAAGGGCUCUGCAAGCCAGAGGUGGCCGAGUCCACUGACCACUACAUCGGCUUCGAGACUGACCUGCAAGACCUAGAGAUGAAGUACCUGCUGCAGAAAACCGACAGGCGCAUAGAGGUCCAUGCCAUUUUCAUCAGCAAUGAUAUGCGCCUCAACAGUUGGUUCGACCCUUCCUGGCGGAAAAGGAUGCUCCUGACCUUGAAAAGCAACAAGUACAAGUCCAGCCUGGUGCACAUGAUCUUGGGGCUUUCUUUGCAGAUCUGCUUAACGAAAAACAGUACCCUGGAGCCCGUGUUGGCCGUCUACGUGAACCCCUUUGGAGGCAGCCACUCUGAGAGCUGGUUUAUGCCUGUGAAUGAAAACAGUUUUCCAGACUGGGAGCGGACUAAGCUGGACCUUCCUUUGCAGUGUUAUAACUGGACACUGACUCUGGGGAACACGUGGAAGACCUUUUUUGAGACGGUCCACAUCUACCUGAGGAGUCGCAUCAAGUCCAGUGGUCCCAAUGGCAAUGAGAGCAUUUACUACGAGCCUCUGGAAUUUAUUGACCCGUCCAGGAACCUGGGCUACAUGAAAAUCAAUCACAUUCAAGUGUUUGGCUACAGCAUGCACUUUGACCCCGAAGCAAUUCGGGACUUGAUUUUGCAGCUGGACUACCCCUAUACUCAGGGCUCCCAGGACUCAGCACUUUUGCAGCUCCUAGAGAUAAGAGACCGUGUAAAUAAGCUCUCCCCACCUGGUCAGCGUCGUCUCGAUCUGUUCUCUUGCUUGCUUCGUCAUAGACUCAAGCUGUCUACUAGUGAGGUGGUGCGGAUCCUCUCUGCUCUGCAGGCGUUUAAUGCCAAAUUGCCAAACACAGUGGAUUAUGACACUACCAAAUUAUGUAGUUAACCGUACAUGUCAAGCACAACCCAAAAUCUUGAAGGCGUUUUUACAGUGCUUUUGUGAAACCAAGUUUCUGUUUGGAAGAGUAAAUUUAAAUUGUCUUUUCAAUAUCUGUCUUAUAUCAGUCAAUAACAUUGGAUGGCAAUUUACACACAUGAACUUGCUGACAAUGAAUAUAUUAUACUGCAGUUUUGGUUUCUGAAUGAAAUAAAUACUGACACCAGUCUAGAAGACACUCUACUUUUUACAAUAAAUUUCAUUUGUAAUUUUAUAUGUUCCGUGGCAAUGCUUUUGUGCAUUACAUCCUCUAGAGGGAACAUAAAAAGAUACCAAUAAAAUUUUGUAGCUGAACAGUUAUUAAAAAGAA